AGAAAAUAGGCUGUUGCUUUAAAAAAUAAAAAAUAAAAUAAAUACAGGCUCAGCAGUAGUGAUGUACAUGGUUUGGAAAGGUUCCUCUUGACCUUAAAACUUUUUAGUAACACGGAGUAAGGAUAUUAUAAUUUUGUACCACCUCAGCAGAAAGACCCAUGUUAAAGGAACGAGGGAAAAAUGUAAAUCUGUUGGAGGAACUCACGUCUGAAGGCUUACAAAGCAGGAUGGUACAGAUCUGCCUGUGAGGGGGGAGGAGGAGGCUGACUAAUGAGCACCUUCGGUUUGCCAGCCGGCAGUCAGCAGUGAGAAUCAAUUGCCAAUCCAGAAAAAGAACCAAUGUCUCUGGAGAAGGAAGAAGAUUAAAUUCCACGUAGUCUAAAUACAGAAGGAUUAAACAAAAACUUGCAUGCAAUUCCUGACAAUGAUACCAGGGAAGACCUGUUAAAUUCAGCAGAGAGUCCUGAAGCAGCUGCCCCAGCUGUGAAAAGUUAGAGUUGAAAUGUCGCAUGAAGUUCCUAAAGCAGAUCAGGAAAGCCAUAAAAUGACGGAAAAUGAAUCAAAAAGUGAUUUACCUGGAAAAAAGCAUGAAUAUGAAUCCUCAGCUGAGAGAAAUGCUUCCACAGUGCCUCAGGGUGUCCCUGAAGCAGGUGUGAGGACGCUCAUGUUUGCAUCAGCUACCAAAGACACUGGGGAACUGAACCAAGAGCUUUCAGAAGUUGUCAAUGCAGAUGCCAGACCAGACACAUUAUCAUCAGCAGAGAAUCCUGAAAGUGCUGAAAAGGGAUCAACAUUUUUGAUGCCUGAAGAAAAAGAUGAGAAUUUUACACUUAGACUAAAUGAUAAAGGACUCCAGGAUACGGCUCUGCUCACUUUUGAAAGCCAAAAUUUGAAACGCUUGUUCUUACACAACAAUGAACUAAAAACACUACAUUUAAAUGUAGGAAAUCUAACUAAUAUGGAGAUCCUGUUACUUGAAAGAAAUAGACUGACGUGUUUGCCACCAGAAAUAUCAUUUCUUCAUAAAUUAACAGUAUUGAAUGUCAGUCACAACCAGUUACUGUAUCUCCCUAAAGAAUUAUCAAAGCUUGUAAAUCUUAAGGAACUUUUUCUGAAUCACAACAACAUGGAUGAAUUUCCUUUUGUACUGAGAAGCCUUGAAACAUUAGAGCUUGCUGGGAACAAGCUGAAAACUUUGCCAGACACCAUGGUUGACAUGGAAAAAUUGAAGGUAUUCAACAUUGAUUCCAAUCAAUUCUCAAUAUUUCCAAGGGUUCUCUGCUACCUUCCUAAUCUAGUAAAACUCAGCAUAUGUCAGAACGCAAUUCAGAGUUUACCAAAGGAUAUUAAAGAGCUCAAGAAACUAGAAGAAUUUUCAAUUAGUAACAAUAAGCUUAUAUUUUUGCCUGUGCAGCUUUUCCAGUUGACAAAGCUGAAAGAACUCAGAGCUGAUGAUAACAAACUGGAGUUUCUUUCAGAUAAAGUGGAGAAUUUAAGAGAACUUAGGUUUCUGAACCUUGCAAAAAACUUAUUCAAAAGCCUUACAGAUAAUCUUUGCAACUGUACCAUGUUGAAAAAUCUCAUUAUACACGAUAAUCAGUUAACCCAGCUCCCUGCUAAUAUUCACAGACUUAGAAAUCUAAAGGAGUUUUCUGUGAGUAGGAAUCAGCUGGACUCACUGGAUGAGCAAGUAUCCCAUUUAAAAGACCUCUCCAAGAUAGAGCUUUCAGGAAAUGCAUUAACAUACAUUCCCGUUGAAUUAAAAGAUUGCACACGGAUAACCAAAGCUGACCUCAGCUAUAAUAAGCUCUCUCGGUUUCCAAAUGCAUUGUGUGCUCUAUUUGAUCUUAAAUACUUAAAUCUUAGUGGCAACUCUAUUUCAGAAAUAAUGCCCGGAAUUUCCGACAUUAAAGAUUUGGAGCAUCUAGAAUUAAACAAAAAUCAACUGUCCUCAUUUUCUGCGUGCUUGUGCAGCCUUACAAAACUAGUUUACUUGGAUGUAAGUGAGAAUGAAAUCAAUAGCAUACCAGCAGCGAUAUCUGAGAUGAAGGCUCUCCAGGUGCUUCUUUUACACCAUAACAAGUUUGACUCGUUUCCUGAAGAGCUGUGUACUUUAAAGUUUUUAAAAGCACUCAACAUUUCAAAUAAUCAGAUAAAGACUAUUCCUUUCAAAAUUAGCAAUCUGGAAGCAAUCAAAGACUUAAAUGUAUCAGACAACCAGUUUGCAUCUUUUCCUUCUGAAAUAUGUCAUCUGUCCUCACUGGAGAAAUUGACCAUGUCUCAAAUGAAUGGGUUGAAGUUAACUCAAAUUCCAGAGGAGCUAUCUAAACUGGUUUGCCUCCGGGAGCUUGACAUAUCUCAUAAUGCAUUACAGGAAAUGCCAGAGAGCAUAGGGGAACUGGAAUAUUUGGUCCGUUUAAUUGCAAAUAAUAAUGCUAUCAACCAGCUCCCCCGGUCUAUUACAUCGCUAAGAAAUCUGCAGCACCUUGAUCUGAGUGAAAACCGACUGAAAUCUUUGCCUGCUGGCCUUCAUCACCUUCGUCUGCUGAAAGAUAUAAACUUUGAUGGAAAUUCUCUGUUUGAGCCACUGCAAGAUGUGUGUAGAGGAAAGCAACUGCACCCCAUUCUGUGCUAUCUGGAAAGUGCCAAUGAAAGAGAUGAGAAGAUACUGCGUAAGAUGAUAGAAGUGAUUGCUGACAAUGUUGCUUCUGAAAAUUUUGAAUUUUUCUGUCAGAAACUGCAACUUCGUCAGGCUGACAUCAAGUCUCUGGAAAAUAACAGGGCUCUUAAGUUGAAGGAGAAAAUCAUCAAGGCACUGGACAUUUGGAUCAGUGAAAACCAAGACCUAACUUAUGCUGAAAUGGUAGAUCAACUGAUCAGAAUACUAGUAAUGACAGGCAUGUAUGAUCUAACCAACAAAGUGAAAGCUUUAAAACUGUAUUCACAAAUGGUGAAAUUCUAAAGAAGGAAUGUACAAAGAGUUAUGAACAAAACAAAGGCAUGUGUUGCCACUCUUUUUAUCCCUGAAAUUCUUUUCAUUUUAAACGUACCAUAUGAGAACUCAGCCUGUUUUUAGAAAGUAAUUCAUGAUCUUGUAUUAGCUUGUCUUAUCUUUUAGAUUGCUUGUGCAAAAAAA